GUAAAACGUUUCAGAAAUAUGUAUACAUUUGCUUGAUUAUAAGGUUAUAUGAUUAAGAAUAUGAUGACAUUUGUAUUUAUUUAAUAUCUUUCACAAUGUCAAAAAAGAAAAAGACUGAAGCUUGGGGGGAUAAUGGAUUUGAAGAUUGGGGUGGGUAUAUGGCUGCUAAGCAAGCGAAAUUAGAAGAACAGUUUCGAGCUGAAGCAGAUAAAGAAUUUCAAAAUGCAUCAAACAUUUUUGAAGGAAUUGCAAUUUUUGUGAAUGGUUACACAGAUCCUUCAUCAGAUGAACUUCGUCGUUUAAUGAUGGCCCACGGUGGUGUGUACCAUCAUUAUAUGAGACCUAGAGCCACAACUCAUAUUAUUGCCUCUAAUUUGCCACACUCUAAAAUAAUAUUGUAUAGAAAAAGUCAAAAUCCAAUACCUAUAUGUAAACCCAAUUGGAUUGUAGACAGCAUAAAAGCCGGUAGAGUGCUGAAUUUUCAAAAUUAUUUACUUUAUUCGAAUUGCACGGACACACAACCACGAUUGAACUACAAAAAGAAAACUGAAGCCAGUGAAUUAAAUGACCAUCCUGAUGCUCAUAACGAAAUAGAAAGGAAUAAUGAUCUCAAACCUUUAUCAAAUGACAAUACAGUUAGUACACUGAAAAAUACAGCCAUAAAUCAAGAUGUUCCAAAUCCUAGUGCAUCCCAUAGUAAAAGAGAUGCUAGAUCAACAAAAAAUUCAGAAUUCAUAUCAGAAUUCUAUAAUAAUUCGCGUUUGCAUCAUAUCUCAACUAUGGGAGCAACUUUCAAAAAUUAUGUAAAUGAAUUAAGAGAUAAGAGCAAUGGAAAGUUCCCUGGAUUAACUAAGCUGAAAGAGUCAAGAGAUAUGAAGUUGGGUGGGUCCCUGUCAUGCUCUCAAUCUAAUUCUCAGAAUGAUAUGCUCGAUUUACAAGAAGAGAACAAAAUAUACAUUAGUCAGGGAUCUGUAAUAAUGCAUAUAGACAUGGAUUGUUUCUUUGUCUCAGUUGGUCUCAGGAAUAAGCCAGAAUUAAGAGGCUUACCAGUUGCAGUAGCUCAUGCAAAAGGCAACAGACAACUAGCAAGCACCAGUAAAGAUGUUUCAAACGAUGAACUAGGGUCAAUGUCAGAAAUAGCAUCUUGUUCUUACGAGGCGAGAAAAGCUGGAGUUUAUAAUGGCAUGUUCUUAGGAGAGGCAUUAAAAAUAUGUCCUAAUUUAAAAACGAUACCAUACGAUUUCGAAGGCUACAAGGAAGUGUCGUACACAUUGUACGAUACCGUAGCAUCGUAUACAUUAGACAUCGAAGCGGUCAGUUGCGAUGAAAUGUACGCAGAUUGUACAAAAAUACUCGAGGAAUGUUGCGUAACACCGAUGGAAUUUGCAAGUGCGAUCAGACAAGAAAUAAAGGGAAAGACAGGUUGUCCUGUAUCAACAGGAUUUGGUAGCAAUAAAUUGUUGGCACGACUAGCCACAAGAAAAGCCAAGCCCGAUGGUCAGUUUCAUCUGAAGCAAAACAUUGAAACGUGCAUCGGUGGUCUCAAUGUGCAAGACUUGCCAGGGGUUGGGUGGACGACGACGAACAAGUUAAAGACCAUGAAUGUUCGCACGUGUGCGGAAUUACAGACGAUUACAUCGUCAGCGUUACAAAAGGAAUUCGGUAAAAAGAUGGGAGAAGUGUUGUACAAUAUGUGUCGAGGGGUAGAUAAUUCGAAACUUAAUUUAGAACAUAUCAGAAAAUCUGUGUCAGCUGAAGUUAAUUAUGGGAUAAGAUUCGAGUCCAACGAAGAGGCAGUAGAUUUUUUAAAAAAGUUAUCCGUCGAAGUAGCCGACCGAUUACGAAAAGCUAACGCGAGGGGUAGAUCCAUCACGUUGAAACUAUUAAUCAGGGCUAAAGAAGCGCCGAAAGAGACCGCAAAAUUUAUGGGUCACGGGCUUUGCGAUUAUAUGACGAAAUCAAAAAAUCUUAUCGCUCCGAUCGACGAUGCGGAUAUUAUAGCCAAGGAAGUAAUUGGUCUUUGGAAUCAAAUGUUAAAAGCCCCGGAAGACGCAAGGGGCAUCGGUAUACAGAUAACUCGGCUGGAAAUACUAAAGAGCAAAUCGCGCGAUAUGACUCUAAGAAAUUUCGUUAAUAAAGCCAAAGAUAAUAGUGCACUGACGAAAUCCACGGAAACAUGUAGAAACAACGAGGCUCGUACGGAGAGCGUUCAUUCCGUUCCAUCAACGUCGAAAGAUGUAAUUGUGAAUAACGAAGAAAAUUUAGCGACUUCUUCAAAUAUCGACGGAGCAGUUAUUUCUGAACUUCCAGAGAACAUUCGAAAUAAAAUUUUUGAAGUUCAAAAGACCAAGCAUACGGUCGCUGAAAAGAACGAUGGAGACGACGCGACGACUAGCGUGCGAAAAAUUAAUGAAAAACGACCGGAAAAAAAUGUUCAAACGCUCCAAGAGAAUUUUUUUAAACAGACUAAACCUGGCGUUUCCAGACCGGCGAAGGUGAAAAUGCCCCCGAUCCAUGAAAUCGAUAUGUGCGUCUUAAUAGAACUUCCCGAGGAUAUCCGAAAUGAAAUACUUAAUGAAUACAGUGCUCAUAGUAGUGGGAUUCAGACGAGUGGUAGUACAGACGAAGGGAAUAACGGUACGAAUCGUUCGACGGAAGUAAAAAAUACUGCUCAAUUGAAUCGCGACGAGGAAAACAUAUCUUUCUCGCAAGUCGAUCCAGAAUUUCUGGCUGCGUUAUCGGACGACUUGAAACGCGACGUUCAAGAUUAUUGUACGGCUAAAAAAGCGGAGCAGUCUGCGAGAAUAAAAAAGGACGAUGCAACUCGUAAAGUCGGGGGUGGAUUACUACUGAGAAACGAAAAUGCCACGGUGAAAGGUAGUAAAAAGACCGAGCGCAAAUCAAAGAACAACGGUAAAAAUUCGAAAAUAUCGUCGAAACCUAAUAAAAGGAAAGGUAUAGCAACCGCGUUCAAAACAAUACAGAAUAAAAAUGAGCACGUAUCAGAGCAGAAACAUAAUGAUGUUUCGAAAUCCAUAUUGCCACGGUUGAGCGGAGUCGGAUCGGUGAAUGAACGAGUCGCCGGUGACGAAGCUGAGGCGAUUCUAUCUCAUAAUCGUACUAUAUCGGAAGACAAUGAAAGUUCAAUUCAACAUCAAGACAUUUUAAUUGAUCUUGUAAAUCGCUUACUUAAUCUACCUCUAGAACAGGUGAAGAUGCAAAUACAAAUAUGGAUCACUAAUUCUAAUAUCGUAAACGAAGUAGACUUCUUAUCACUCGCAACAUUUCUCAGCAUGCUUCCGGAGAAGAAACGCAUCGAAGAUUUACAUAUUUUAUUGAAAACCAUGCACAGAUGUAUGACAAAAACCGGAAAUUGCAUUUGGCAUAGGACAUACAGGAAAACAGUAAAAUACGUUCAACAUUAUAUGCAGAUCGAAUAUAACAGCAAUCUAAUGGUACCACCGAUCAAAUGCAAUCAUUUGCAGUGUAACAAUGAUAUAAUGUAAAUUUCUCGGAAUUGAA